GGCGAACUAGUUUUAUAGCAUGUUAGCAUUCGGCCCUAUAAAUAGAAGCUCUCCGCCCAUAUGGACAUGACCAAACCGUUUUUCCUUCUUCGUUAAGGAAAGAAAGGAGCAUAAGAGGAGAGCGGGAAAUGGAGGUGUCCGGAGCGGAGUCGCCGGGGCGGGCCAGGUUCGCUCUCCCGGUGGACUCGGAGCACAAGGCGACCGUGUUCCGCCUCUUCUCGCUCGCGAACCCCCACAUGCGGACCUUCCACCUCUCCUGGAUCUCCUUCUUCGCCUGCUUCGUCUCCACCUUCGCCGCCCCGCCGCUCGUUCCCGUCAUCCGGGACGACCUUAACCUUACGGCCACUGACAUCGGCAACGCCGGGAUCGCCUCGGUCUCCGGGGCAGUCUUUGCCCGGGUCGCCAUGGGCACCGCCUGUGACCUCUUCGGGCCCCGCCUUGCCUCCGCUUCCCUCAUCCUCAUCACCACCCCGGCAGUAUACUGCUCCGCCAUCACCAACUCCGCCAUCUCCUUUCUCCUCGUCCGCUUCUUCACCGGGUUCUCCCUCGCGACUUUCGUGUCCACCCAGUUCUGGAUGAGCUCCAUGUUCUCACCGCUGGUCGUUGGGUCCGCCAACGGUGUAGCGGCCGGGUGGGGGAACCUCGGAGGUGGCGCGACGCAGCUGAUCAUGCCGCUCCUCUUCGGGGUCAUCCGUGAUGCCGGCGCCAUCAAGUUCACGGCAUGGCGGAUUGCCUUCUUCAUCCCGGCGCUUUUUCAGACGCUGACGGCCUUCAUGAUCAUGUUCUUCGGGCAGGACAUGCCGGACGGCAACUUCCGGAAGCUUGAGAGCUCCGGUGAGAAGGCAAAGGAUGAGUUCUCAAGGGUGCUCUACCACGGCGUUACCAACUACAGGGGGUGGAUCCUGGCGCUGACGUACGGGUACUGCUUCGGGGUCGAGCUAACAGUCGACAACAUCGUCGCGGAGUACUUCUACGACCGGUUCGACCUGAAGCUGCACACGGCUGGGAUGGUGGCGGCGACGUUCGGGCUGGCCAAUGUAUUUUCGAGGCCGGCCGGGGGGUGGCUGUCCGAUGUGAUGGCGAGGAGGUUCGGGAUGAGGGGGAGGCUGUGGGCGCUGUGGUCGGUGCAGACGAUCGGGGGCGUGCUGUGCGUGGUGCUCGGACGGGUCGGCUCCCUCGGUGCGUCGGUGGCGGUGAUGAUCGUGUUCUCCGUGUUCGUCCAGGCCGCGUGCGGGCUCACGUUCGGCGUGGUUCCUUUCGUCUCUCGAAGGUCAUUGGGGGUGAUCUCUGGUAUGACCGGAGGUGGUGGCAACGUGGGAGCUGUCUUGACCCAGCUGAUAUUUUUCCAAGGAUCCAAGUACUCAAAGGAAACGGGCAUCACCCUCAUGGGCAUCAUGAUCAUAUGCUGCACCCUGCCCAUCGCCCUCAUCUACUUCCCACAGUGGGGUGGCAUGUUCUGCGGGCCAUCGUCAGCCAAAGGCACCACCGAAGAGGAUUACUACCUGUCCGAAUGGAGCGACAAGGAGAAAGAGAAAGGUUUCCAUCAGGCGAGCUUGAAGUUCGCUGAUAACAGUAAGAGGGAAAGAGGGAGCAGGAGAGGGGACUUGGUGACAGCCCCUGAAGAGAAGGCCUCUGAUCCAGAGCAGGAGGCUUAGUGAAUUCCAUUAGGCUUUUUGCCCUGCUCAGGGAGCGUGUUGUUUGACAAUAGAUUCUGCUAUCUUUCUUUGGGGUUUUUCUGUUCAUGUACUCGUGCACCGUGUCCAUAUAUGUUGGCUUUUGUCCCAUUAGGGAGCUCGAGUUUCUUGAUGAUGUAAAUUUUCUUUAAUAAUAUCGAAUGAUUUUCUACUUUCCAACA